AUGAUCAUCUACUGGUCCGAAUUAAUGAUCGUCGUUGAUGCGAAGGUGAAGUCGAUGGGAAUUGUUCGGCUAGUGGACCAUUGCGGCGUGGAGUGGAGAACCAUUGCUGCUGGCGAGAAUGGGCUGGGUUUAGAUGGCGGUGAUGUAGACGUGCGGGGUGGCUGGUUGUUGACGGCGUGGAUCUUCAAUGUCGGUGGGGUCGUUUCGCGGCUGGUCCUCUAUUUUGCUGUGGUCCUCGGUUCUUGCGAGCAAAGCAAGUAG